ACGCACAACGUGCGACGCUGUUUUGUCUACCCCCGAUACGCCGGCAACAAUUAGAAGUGUUACUUUGUCAAGCCGUGCGUUUUGGUUGUAUGCGCGGGCUCAGAGCGACUCCAUAGAAUGUGUCCGUUGUUGUCCCAAUACUAAUCAUCGAGUGAGUUCGCCCAACGUCGUGAUUCACCGUGUUCUUACCUUCGUGUCAGUGUUCGUGCUCGCGGCGGCCCCGAUAAGAUCAAGAUAAGUUCUCUUUGAUUGUCCUCUCGAUCACCUGAUAAGCAGUAAUUAUGACGAAGAACAAGAAAGGGAAGAAGAAGAACAAAAUGGCAACUCGCAACAGAAACAAUCAGCAACAGAGGGCCGACGGUGACGAGAAGAAACCCUUCAGUGACAACUCUGAAACGGAAGACCCAAAUGAUCUGACGCAUAUGACCCCGACUCCGGAGCCCCAGGCUUCCGACAGUGGCAUCGAUUCCGGUCGAGGGUCUCCGGGAGACGAAUCAGUUCCAGGCUCCACCAAUAUAAAAGUUGAUGUUGGAGCAACAACCAUCGAAGACCAGUCUACUGUGGAGACCGGUCGAAAGCCCAAGCUGGAAGUUGAAGCUGAACAACCAAACAGCGAGACUCGACUCGGAGCCGGUCCGCGAAGUCAGAAGCCCGUGGGUCGGCCUGACGACAGAAUGAACGUGGUCACCGACGGCAGAACGCAGGAACAGCCUGAUGGGAAGAGCCAGCACGAGCUCGAUAAGCGAAGCUCGGAGAAAACGCGUGGCGCGCUUCAGGGAAAGUCUGAUACCUGGGUCAAGGGGAAAUCAGUAGAAACAGUCGGAGAUGACUCAGAUAAUUUGACCCCGAAGAAAUCUGAUGAUCGCAUCGAAGAAAAAUCCCAGGGGACCCUCGGGAAGUCCGUAAUCAAGGUUGAAGUGAAGACCGAAGGCGAAAUCGUCGGAGCCAAUAAGAAAACCGAGGAUGAAUCUGGCAAACGAGGCGGCGAUCCAGCCGGCGACACCGCCGUCCGGCGUAGAGGAGCAUCGUCGCUGAAGAAACCCAAGCCCAUGGAAGACAUCAAACACCCAUUGGAAUUCGCCUGGGACUUUUGGGCUGUGACGCCAGAGGUUCAUUGGAGCAGAGCGCUUCAGCACUGUGUCAUGUUCGACACAAUUGAAGAUUUCUGGGUGAACUUCAACGAGAUCAGGGAUCCGCGUAUCGCGCAAAAACCCAUAUUGAUGUUCAAGAAUGACAUUCGUCCCGAAUGGGAACAUCCUCGCAAUGCGACAGGAGGGCGCUGGAACUUCGCUCAUGGCCUCCACGGUCCUUUGGCUGCCGACGUCUGGCGAGAAUUAGCUCUUAUGCUUAUCGGCGGCAUCAAGUUCGGCAGUUUGACUCCGCAUAUAAAUGGAUUGUUCUGUACUUGGAAAGGUGACGGACUGCACUACUCUGUCUGGUUGGAUACCACCAGAGAAGACAUCGUGAUGUCGAUCGGGAACACGAUACACGAAACCCUCCGCUCCGUCCUGAACAAAUCGUUUGUCAUAGAGUUCGUGCUUUUCACGGGGCCGAAAGUAAAGAAACGAGCCUUGGCCGUCAUCAAAUGAGCUAGCGAGCCGGUUCACGCACUUCUACGCUCCCUCGAUCCUCCGAGAUCGUCGAGUCCAGGUUCAGAUCGGUUUAAAGCUUUGUCUUUUAACAUUCAUAGCGCUGCGUCAGGAUCAUAUCUCUUUUCUCUGUUGUCGUACCGAAAAUCGUUCCUCGAUGCCUCGCCGAUCCAAUGCUCUCGCUGCGACGACAUUUUAGUUAACAUGAAAAAUAAAGGAAUGAAGAAUUCUCCG